AGAAGUGAAUCAUCUCAUCAUGUUAUGCUCGUGUUGCUCUGGAGUCCUUAGACUAUUCUUAUGUUGCAUCAACAUACUCUUCUUUGCAAUUGGUGCUACUAUUCUAACUAUUGGCACAUUGCUAAUCACUUCAAGCAAUGACUUUACAUACAUAACCAGUGACAUGAGGACUGGAGUCAUACUAAUAAUAGUAAUGGGCUCUCUUCUUUCUUGUGUAUCAAUCGUUGGUGUAGCUUCAACUGCUUCUGCAUGGAAACCACUUAUCUUUGCAAAUGUGCUAGUGUUGGUUUUGCUGAUUCUAUUAGAACUAACUGCUGGAAUCUACACUAUGACCUCCUACUCAUCACUUAAAUCAACUGUUGGUGAACAUAUGCAUGAAGCCAUAGAAAAGUAUGAAGAGGAGAGUCAAUACCAGGAAUUUGUUGAUUUCUUUCAAAAAAAUUAUAAUUGCUGUGGAUAUGAGGACUCAAGUGAUUGGAGAGGCUAUCAUAACAAUACAAAGAAGCUACCGAAUGAUUGCAAGUGCAACGGUACAUUAGACAACUCCAUCUGCUCGUUUAAUGAACGUUAUAAAGUUACAGUUUGGUCAAAGGGCUGCAGUGAUGCAAUAAAAGAUGUGAUUGACAGGUUGAGCUGGUCACUUGGUAUGACUGCAAUCGGGCUAACUAUAGUACAGCUGCUGACAUUAGGACUUACUGUUGUCUUUUGCUUAUGUAAAGUUAUUGAGACAAAGAAAUCAUCAUCAUACGCUCUGAAUGAUCAGCAGAAACUGCAAAAACAAUAAACAACACAUAAACUGAGUAGAUUGUGCAUCUCCUGUCACUACUGAUGUUUUGUAUUCAUGCAAUAAUAAUUAUCAAGAAAUAAUUCAAAACACCCACAA